AUGGGGAUCCUUGACGGACUUCCAUGGGCUUUGCUGGCAACCGAACCAAUUGAGCAGCUGGUGCAGGUUUCCACCGGCCCCACGCUUUAUCAUGGAGAGCCUUGAUGAUGUGUCACUCUCGAGAGAGGGUGCAGAUGACAGAAGCCUUGGUCCUCUUGACGACCAGUCUUCCAGAGCAGUGUCCCUGAUAGACAGCAGUCCCCCGAACUCCACCUCCGAUCUGAACUUCCCAUACGCAGAUGCCUCCUUUACCUCGGGCUCGAGCACCAAAUUCCCCGAAGAGCAGACGGAGUCCGCCUCCCGAAGCUUCAUCGACCAUGACGACGACCUCAGAUCGCCCCGCGCUUCCUCGCCGCUCGGCCCAUUACCCCAUAAUCCCCCAGCGGUACCUGCCAUGAGUGAAGACGGGGGUGAUGCAGGAGAUGAAGAGCCCCAGGUUGCGACAUCCUUUGAGCGGGAUUCCACGCCAACCUCGGCGCAAAAGCAACGCUCCGCGUUCUUUGACGCGGGAGAGGAUGAGGGUAUUACUCGCAUUCAUAAGUUCUCUCUGUAUGAGACAGCGACUCGGUUCUACAUGGUCGGCAUGGACUUGACAGAGACCCGAUUUAAGAUCUUGAAGAUCGACCGGACGUCCGAAUCAGGCGACCUGAGCGUCUCGGAGGACGACAUCGUGUACAGCAAGAGAGAGAUUUGGCAGUUGUUGGAUACGAUCGAUGACGGGAAUAAAAGCACGGGUGGAUUGAAAAUCAAAUGCAGCGCGUGGGCUCUGCUUGGAUUCAUCAGAUUCACGGAUGCUUACUACAUGCUCUUGGUGACCAAGAGAAGCCAGGCGGCUAUGCUCGGCGGACAUUAUGUUUAUCAAAUUGAUGGAACGGAGCUCAUUUCGUUGACAACAUCGAGCUCAUCUCGGCUCAGGCCGGAGAAAAACCCAGAGGAGGUGCGAUAUAUCGCUAUUUUAAACAACCUGGACCUGACUCGGUCCUUCUACUUCAGCUAUUCUUAUGAUAUUACCAACACAUUGCAGCGCAAUAUCUGUCGGGAGCGCAAAGCCAACCAGGACGAGCGUCCUAAACAAUGUCAACAAGACUACAAUACGAUGUUUAUCUGGAACCACCAUCUUCUGGGACCGGCCUUUGAGACACUGAAAAAUCCUUGGGAAUGGUGUCUGCCCAUUAUCCAUGGCUAUGUCGAGCAGGCCAAGAUGUCGGUGUAUGGGCGGCUGGUUUACAUUACCAUCAUUGCGCGUCGCUCUCGUUUCUUUGCGGGAGCUCGCUUCUUGAAACGAGGCGCCAAUGACCUGGGCUACGUGGCAAACGAUGUCGAAACAGAACAGAUUGUGGCUGAGAUGACGGCCACAUCAUUCCAUGCCCCUGGCCCAAAUCUCUACGCCAACCCCUUGUAUACCUCUUACGUGCAGCAUCGCGGAAGUAUUCCCCUUUACUGGACGCAGGAAAACUCAGGCGUGUCUCCCAAGCCGGAUAUUGAACUCAACCUUGUUGACCCGUUCUACUCGGCGGCCGCGCUGCACUUUGACAACCUUUUCGAAAGAUAUGGCGCACCAGUCUACGUUCUCAAUCUCAUAAAGUCACGAGAACGGACACCACGAGAAUCCAAGCUCCUCAAGGAAUAUACCAAUGCUAUCCAAUACCUCAAUCAAUUCCUACCAGAGGAUAAAAAGAUCAUAUAUCAGCCCUGGGACAUGAGUCGUGCUGCCAAAAGCCGAGACCAAGACGUUAUGGGAACCCUGGAACACAUCGCGGGCGAGAUCAUUCCGAAGACGGGCUUCUUCAAGAACGGAUACGAUGUUGAGUCUGGGCUACAGCUGCAGAACGGUAUCGCGAGAACAAACUGCAUCGACUGCCUUGACCGGACGAAUGCUGCACAAUUCGUCAUCGGAAAACGCGCCCUGGGAUAUCAACUCCACGCACUGGGAAUUAUUGAGGGAACAUCGGUUGAGUAUGAUACAGAUGCUGUCAAUUUGUUCACCGACAUGUGGCACGAUCACGGUGAUACGAUUGCAAUCCAGUACGGUGGUUCGCACCUGGUCAAUACUAUGGCCACGUACCGCAAAAUCAAUCAGUGGAGCAGUCAUUCUCGAGACAUGGUGGAGAGUUUCAAGAGAUAUUACAACAACUCCUUCCUCGAUGCCCAACGCCAGGAAGCGUACAAUCUGUUCCUCGGCAAUUACAUCUUCUCGCAAGGACAGCCGAUGCUGUGGGACUUGUCAACCGACUACUACUUACACCACGCUAACCCCCGGUCCUGGUCUGACAAGAAACGACCCAACUACAUUUGCUGGUACACUCCUAACAAUCUCGAAGAAAAAGAACUGCCACCGCCUCCGCGACCCCCGAAGGAAGCUCUCUCCCACUACGACGAUUACUGGCUCGAGUACUACAGGCCGAUGGCGGUGUCAUCGUUCUCUAAGAUCUUCUCUUACAGGAUGAACUCAACCCUCCGUUAUCUUCCUUUCCGGCCUGGCUCCGGUGCACCCUACGAUAUCAGUCCGUUUGUUCCCCGGAUUCCACACGAUCAGAUCAACCGCGAGCGACACCCCCCACGCAGUGUCAAGAUCCAAGAACCGCUGAAGACCUCCAUAGACCCAUCAGGCCGUCCCCAACUUGGCAGCAACGCCACAUCCCAGUCCAGCUACAACUGGAUCCACCAACUACCCUCAGCCGACAAACAACCCCCAUCAGCAGGCAUCAUGAAAGCAACCUCGUUCGGACUCCCCCAAUCCUUCAACUCCAUGCAAUCUUCCCAAGAAUCCAACACUCCCAGCAAAGCCCAAAUCGCCCAAUGGACCCUCGGCCAGCUCGUCACCGACUCGCUCAACCCCUCCGUCACCGCCGCAGAAGCGGAAGAAUACGAACGCUACAUCAACCACCCACUCAAGGUCCCUCUCGUCGUCACCUCCGAGGAUGAACUAACCGCCACCUCCAUCCGCGAACACGAAUCCAGCCUAGACCUCCUGGAAUACGCCAACAAAUGCAACGUCGAAGAAACCACCCUCGAAUCCAAUGCCGAGGAGAAUCUCGCUGACUAUGCCGAGUUCCUGGAUGUAUCUGAGGGUGGACUCACUGUGGUGGCGGAGGAUUAUGAGAAGAAGCGCUAUAAGCGGUAUAGGCAAUGGCUCCGGGGAAAGAGUCUCUUCAAACAGCGUGUCGAUAUGUAAAUGAGUACGGUUUAUAUUGUUAUUGUUCAUUACGACAGAUAUGAUAUGUUACGAUGUGAUAUGAUACCCAUUCAUUUAGCAUAGCAUAGCAUAGCAUAGCACGCACAUAGUCGAUACAUUCAUU